AUAAUAUAUCACUAAAGGGUUGAAAACAAUUGCAAUUUUUAUGGUUUUUUUCUGCCAAAUCUCAAGUAUAUAAACCUGUCAGAUGAUCACCCUUUUCAUCACCACCAUCUUCAACAUUAACAGAGAAAACAAGAAGCUCAAAAACCAUGAAAGCCUUUCUCUUUGUCAUGCUGGCUCUCGCCUGCAUAACACAAUCUUGCAUGGCCGCGAGCAGGCUGGCCGCGGCCGGAGACUGCACGCCGAGCGGCAAGAUACGAGGAAAAAAGCCGCCGCCGGGGGAAUGUAACCAAGAGAACGGCUCAGACUGCUGCAAGGCUGGCAAAAUGUACACCACCUACAAAUGCUCCCCUCAGGUCACCGGAAACACAAAGGCCACUCUCACCCUGAACAGCUUCCAGAAAGGCGGCGACGGCGGCGGCCCCUCGGAAUGCGACAACCAGUACCACUCAGACAACACGCCCGUUGUGGCGCUUUCCACCGGAUGGUACAGCGGAGGGAGCAGAUGCCUGAAUCACAUCAAGAUCAGCGCUAAUGGAAGAAGCGUGACGGCUAUGGUGGUGGACGAGUGUGACUCCACGAUGGGGUGCGACGAUGAACACGAUUAUCAGCCGCCAUGUCAGAACAACAUUGUGGAUGCUUCUAAGGCUGUCUGGGAGGCUUUGGGGUUAGACCAGAAUGAAGGAGAGCAUGAUAUCACCUGGACUGAUGCCUAAUAUAUAUACAUGCAUCAUUCUAGCUUAUAUGUUAUGUACGAUAUAUGAGUUGAGAUAUUAAUAAUAAAAA